CCCUAGGUUGCUACGCUCUUCUAAAAAAAAAAUCUGAGGCACCGUGGUGUCUUUUCAGUGAUGGAAAUGUGCUGUAGCUCUUAAUAUAUUUUCGUUGCUGAUGACCUUGACAAUUCUUUGUAAAGCCAUGACAUGCCAAAGUCGGAGCACCGGGAGCGGUGAGUGUGAUGCCGGAGAACGAGUGGACCCUGUGCCGCCGUCGGAGCGCUGUGUGUGGAUCCACAGCAGUAGAGAGGCGCUGAGGUAACGGAGCGGACACGGGCUCUAUGUUGUAGGACUGCGCCUUGGAGGCAAGUGGCCGCCCGGAGCCCGUCACCAUGAGGGUCUUGUUGAGCGUCCUGUACCCCGUGCUCUCCCUCACCAUCUUCGGAUUAUAUCCCUCUAUGACUAUCGGCCCAAAGGAGGGCUGGCAGGUGUACAGCUCGGCUCAGGAUGCUGAUGGCCGCUGUAUCUGCACCGUGGUGGCUCCUGAACAGAACCUGUGCUCCAGAGAUGCCAAGAGCAGACAGCUCCGCCAACUGCUGGAGAAGGUGCAUAACAUGUCUCAGUCCAUUGAGGUUCUGAACCUCAGGACCCAGAGGGAUUUCCAAUAUGUCAUGAAGAUGGAAAACCAGAUGAAGGGCCUGAGGACCAAGUUCAGACAGAUCGAGGACGACAGAAAAUCCAUCAUAGCCAGAAACUUUCAGGAGCUUAACGACAAGAUGGACGAGCUAAAGCCGCUGAUCCCCGUGCUGGAGCAGUACAAGAUGGAUGCUGCAGUCAUUUCCCUGUUCAAAGAUGAAAUCAAGAACCUCUCUGCAGUGCUGACGAGCAUCCAGGAGGAGCUCGGGGCCUUCGACUAUGACGAGCUCUAUCAGCGAGUCCUGCGUCUGGACAACAGGCUGCGCAGCUGCAUGGGCAAGCUAACGUGUGGGAAAUUAAUGAAAAUCACUGGACCUGUUACAAUAAAGACAUCUGGAACCCGGUUUGGGGCAUGGAUGACUGACCCUCUGGCAUCCACCAGAAACAACAGGGUUUGGUAUAUGGACAGUUACACCAACAGCAAGAUUGUGCGUGAGUACAAGACAAUGGACGACUUUGUAGCGGGGGUGGUUUCUCGAACAUACAGCCUCCCAUUUAAAUGGGAGGGAACCAAUCAUAUGGUCUACAAUGGAUCGCUCUACUACAACAAGUACCAGAGCAACAUCAUCGUGAAGUACAGCUUUGAGACGGGCAGCGUUCUGGCCCAGAGAGCUCUGGAGUUCGCCGGCUUCCACAACAUGUACCCAUAUACAUGGGGUGGGUUCUCCGACAUCGACGUCAUGGCUGAUGAACUGGGAAUGUGGGUUGUGUACGCAACCAAUAAAAACGCUGGAAAUGUCGUCGUGUCCCAGAUCGACCCCGACACCCUGCAUGUCCUGAAGACUUGGAACACUGAAUACUCCAAGAGGAACGCGGGUGAGACGUUCAUGAUCUGUGGGACGCUCUAUAUCACUAACUCUCACCUGUCGGGAGCAAAGGUUUACUACGCUUACUCUACCAAGACUUCAACCUACGAAUACAUAGACAUUCCUUUCCACAACCAGUACUUUCAUAUCUCCAUGCUUGACUACAACGCCAAAGAGAGAGCACUGUAUGCCUGGAAUAACGGACACCAGGUAAUAUUUAAUGUCACUCUCUUUCAUGUCAUAAAAACUGAUGACGACUCUUAA